UAAUAUAAGUGGUGACCCUGUUUCAAACUUAGAUAAUUGGCUCAGAAGAAAAAAAAGCAUCCAAAAAUGGUUCUCACAUCCACUGCCACUCACCCAGAUGAAAAAGACCAGAGCCUAAACUCUACUUUUGCUUCCAGAUAUGUGCGUGAUCCUAUUCCAAAAUUCAAGAUGCCAGAGAAAUCAAUACCAAAGGAUGCAGCUUUUCAGAUAAUAAACGAUGAGUUGAUGUUGGAUGGUGCACCAAGGCUCAACUUGGCUUCGUUUGUGACCACUUGGAUGGAGCCUGAGUGUGACAAGCUCAUAAUGGCUUCACUUAACAAAAACUAUGUUGAUAUGGAUGAGUAUCCUGUCACCACUGAGCUCCAGAACCGUUGUGUUAAUAUAAUAGCAAAUCUAUUCCAUGCUCCUAUAAGUGAAGAGGAGACUGCAGUAGGUGUGGGAACUGUGGGGUCAUCAGAGGCAAUAAUGUUGGCAGGUCUUGCUUUUAAAAGGAAAUGGCAGACAAAGAGAAAAGCAGAAGGCAAACCAUAUGAUAAGCCCAAUAUAGUUACUGGGGCUAAUGUGCAGGUUUGUUGGGAAAAAUUUGCAAGGUACUUUGAGGUAGAGCUCAAGGAAGUGAAACUCAAAGAGGGAUACUAUGUGAUGGACCCUGCGAAAGCUGUUGAAAUGGUAGAUGAGAACACCAUCUGUGUUGCAGCCAUUUUGGGAUCAACUAUGACUGGAGAGUUUGAGGAUGUGAAGCUUCUCAAUGAACUUCUCACUGAAAAGAACAAGGAGACAGGUUGGGAUACCCCAAUUCAUGUAGAUGCUGCCAGUGGGGGGUUUAUUGCCCCAUUUCUAUAUCCUGAUUUAGAGUGGGACUUCCGUUUGCCGUUGGUGAAAAGCAUCAAUGUUAGUGGCCACAAGUAUGGUCUUGUCUACCCUGGUGUUGGUUGGGUUGUCUGGAGGAGCAAAGAUGACUUGCCAGAUGAACUUGUUUUUCACAUAAAUUAUCUUGGAUCUGAUCAGCCCACUUUCACAUUGAAUUUCUCCAAAGGAUCUAGUCAAAUUAUAGCUCAAUAUUAUCAAUUGAUUCGGCUUGGCUUUGAGGGUUACAAAAAUAUCAUGGAAAAUUGCUUGGAGAAUGCAAGAGUUUUGAAGGAAGGAAUUGAGAGAACAGGGCGGUUUAACAUCAUCUCAAAGGAUAUUGGCGUGCCACUUGUAGCCUUUUCCUUGAAAGACAGUAGCCAACACACGGUGUUUGAGAUAGCAGACCAUCUGAGAAAAUUCGGGUGGAUAGUUCCGGCCUAUACAAUGCCACCGGACGCGCAACACAUAGCGGUCCUCCGGGUGGUGAUCAGGGAGGAUUUCAGCCGUGGCUUGGCCGAGAGACUUGCUGCUGACAUAGAGAAGGUUGUGAAGCUCUUGGACACACUUCCUAGCCCCCUCACUACCAAAGUUGCUCAUAUCACAGCCAUCACUAGUGAGACUAGUGAGAAGGUUAAGAGUGCAAUAGAGACUCAGAAAGAGAUUGCUUUGUACUGGAAGCGACUUGUGGAUGGCAAGAGACUUGGAGCAUGUUAGGCUUACCAUAUAUUUUUGCCUUAUGGCAACCUUGUUGUGAGUUAAGUUGGUGGUUUGUUAUCUAUGUGCAUAUAUGUGAGUGUGUAAUGGCUAUGUAGCAAUAAGCAAUGGCAAUGCAUGACGGAUUCUAGUAGUCAUUGCUGUUCUUGCUUAAGAGAACAUUUUCUCUUUUGUCUUUUUGAGGUGUUAGUUUGGUACUCCUGAGAAGGCACUAUUAUCAUAUAAUAUUAUAAUGCAAGUAAAUUUUAUUAAA